AGACUGUGCAGCUAAAGUGGGACUUUUCUGGGAUUUGGAUUCUAAACCUAAUUCACGAUGAGCUGUGGCACUAAGGGUGGUGGAAGUAGUGUUGGUGGUGGCAGGAUCUGUGGCGGAGGCAGCAUCAAGAUUACAUCCUCAGGGUCCUCAAGAGGAUAUUCUGGAAAAAGUUAUGGAGGAGGAUCCCGAUAUGGAUAUGGAGGGGGUGGCUUCAGCAGUGGUAGCUGUGGGAAAAUUAGUAGAGGGAGAAUAAGCUAUGGAGGUAGCUGCUACGGUGGUGGCAGCUACGGUGAUGGCAGCUACGGUGGUGGCAGCUAUGGUGGUGGCAGCUACGGUGGUGGCAGCUAUGGUGGUGGAAGUUACGGUGGCUAUGGUGGUGUUUGCUAUGGUGGUGGCAGCUAUGGUGGUGGUACCUACUAUCCAUUCAGCAGUGGUAGUUUUGGUGGUGGUGAUGGGGCCCUCCUCUCCAGCAAUGAAAAGGCAACCAUGCAGAAUCUUAAUGAUCGCCUGGCUAAUUAUCUGGACCAGGUGAAAAGGCUGGAAGAUGAAAAUUGUCAACUUGAGAUCUGGAUCAGAGAGUGGUAUAAGAAACAUGGUGAUGUUGGACCAGAUAAGGAUUAUUCCCAGUAUUACCAAGAGAUUGACAAACUCUGCAAUGAGCUUAUUGCUGAAACAGAUGAUUAUAACAAAAUUCUUCUGAAUAUUGAUAACACCAGGAUGACAGCUGAAGAUUUUAAAAUGAAAUAUAACACUGAAGCUAGUCUCCAUCAGAAUGUGGAGGCUGACAUUAAUGGAUUGCGCCCACUCUUGGAUCAACUCACUCUGGCCAAAUCAGAUCUGGAAAUGCAGUUUGAGUCCCUCAAAGAGGAGCUGAUAUGUCUCAAGAAGAAUCAUGAGGAGACUUUGAGAGGACUCCGAAGCCAGAGAGGUCAUGGUGAUGUCAGUGUUGAAGUGAAUGCUGUCCCUGGACAAGACCUGAAACAACGUCUGGAUCAUCUCCGGGCUGAAUAUGAAACCAUCAUUGAACAAAACCGAAAAGAGGUGGAAAUCUGGUAUGAAAGCAAGAUGGAAGAGGUUCGCCAACAAGUGAGUACAAGUGAUCAGGAGCUCACUUCAGGCAACCAACAACUUUCAGAACUGAGACGAGAGUGCCAGGCCCUUGAAAUUGAGCUCCAGUCUCAGCUCAGCAUGAUCCAGUCUCUGCAAACCAAUCUGGAGGAUACGGAACGUCGCUACAACAUGCAGCUACAACAGAUUCAGGCUAUGAUUGAACCAGUAGAAGGAGAGUUGGCUAGCAUCCGGUGUGAGAUUGAGAGUCAGAAUCAAGAAUAUCAGCUGCUCCUUGGUAUCAAAACUCGUCUGGAACAGGAGAUCUGUCAAUACCGCCGAUUGCUUGAAGAAGGACAACAAGACAUGUACGUUGACUAG